GAAAAAAACAGAUGAAGAACACUACAAAUGCCAAGUUAAUCACACUCGUUUUAGGGUUUCUCUUCCUCAUGAUGAUGAUGGUCAUGAACCUUCCUCAUGCGCUUCAAGGUGGAUCCAAAUAUGAAGAUUAUGGUCUUAUAGCGAGCGGAAGUGAAUAUCUCUUGAUGGGACGAAAGUUAAGAAGUUCAAAACCAAUCGAAUCUGAAGCAAAGAAAAGAUCAAGAAAAGGCAUAGUCGUCGUCGUCUCUACAGAUUCAGCAAGGGAAAUCAGUAAUCUAAUGAGAAGCGACUAUCCAUCACGUAUGAAAGGGAGGAAAAGAACUCCAAUUCAUAAUUGAUAUAUGUAUCGUCGUCAUUAGUCAUUACUUAAUUAAGUAGCUUUGUUUUUUUGCUUUGUUAGUUUGUUUUGGUUAACAGUAUCAUAUAUUUUAGAAGAAGAUGCUAUA